AUGGCUGCGAUGCACUACAACACGACGAUGGUAGCCGAGGACAUUCACCACCCGAGACACCCCAGACACCCCUAUCACCUGGACGAACCAGCCGCCUCACCUAGUUCCGAGGAGGCCCGCUCGCCGGAUGCCGCCUCACCCCUCAGCUCAGGUAACAUAAACUACAUAACAAGUGGUGAAUCCAGGAGAGACUCCUCAGACACUGACGUCAACUCCCGCCUCUUGAUUUACGAAUCAAAUCCCAAAUUAUUAUCAAGUGACGAAAGCCAUCCGCCCCCAGCGAAGCGUUUCCGCGAGGAUUCCAAUGACGAUCGUUGCUACAGUGAAACCGGUAUGUGCUCGCCGGAAGGACCUGACACCAGGGAGUCAUCCCCCGGACGACAACGCGCAUCCGGGAAAUCGUCGUUCUGUAUCGACGCUCUUUUAGGAAGAGCGACUGCUAAACCUAAGCAGGAAGAUGAUCAUGGAGGUCCUCUUCCGCCACCGCCUCCCCGACGCAGCUCGGGAUCUCUGGGGAACCCUCUGAACCCAUUCAUGCCCAGGAGUGAUCGUAACCUCUCUGGAAUCAGUAAUAACCAGAAUUCGAGGAUGCUGCAGGCGAUCAGAGAGUCCAGCGGAAUCAGAUUAUCGCAUUACGGUAGCUUUAAUCCGAAUCCGGGUGAUGCGCUGGCGGAUCAUGCUGGCAGAUUCGAAAGAAAUCCGGAGGAGAACACAGAGGACGAGGCUGGAACCGACGUUGAUGUCGAGGAGAUGAGGGAGGACGAAGCGGGAAGGAGAACUUCCAGUGCAAGUCCAGGUAGCAACGGCAGUCGGAGUCCUGUAUCUAGUCCCCCGAUAUCCCCAGGAUCCGAAGACUUGGCGUCCAAUCCAUUGACCAACUCGGGCAUGCAGGGUCUUGGUCAUUCUGGUCACAGAACGGAUGGACUGUCCUGUGUGGGACCAUAUGGACUAGGCAACACUGGGGUCAACGUGGCCGUCGCAAUGCGACAGAAUCAGCAGGGUCUUCUCCUACACUCGGGAGGACCUAUUCUUCAUCCCUCUGGGUUGUAUUACCAUCCCGGUGGUACUUCGAGUGCCUUUCACUCGAUACACAAGGAUGCUCAGCAGUUAGUGCAAGGACAUCCUAGGACUGGUGGUGCUACUGGAGGCUCAGUACCUGGGCAUCCGCAACAGCAGGCUCAACAGCAACCUCAUCAUAUUCAUCCGUUGCAGCUUGAGUGGCUUGCUAGGACGGGAAUGUUGUAUCCGAGACUGCCUGCUGACUUGGCUGGAUGCGCUGCACAACACGCCCUUCUGGGUAAAACUAGGAGACCCAGGACGGCUUUUACGUCGCAGCAGUUGUUGGAAUUGGAGAAGCAAUUUAGGCAGAAUAAAUAUCUCAGUAGACCGAAGAGAUUUGAGGUGGCUACGUCACUCAUGCUCACUGAAACACAGGUGAAAAUUUGGUUUCAAAAUCGUCGGAUGAAGUGGAAGCGCAGCAAAAAGGCCCAGCAGGAGGCGCGAUCGGGGAGCAACAAGAGCGAAGAUUCGGCCUCGGGCGGGGGCUCGAGCGCGAGAGCGAAUUCCAGCAGCGAGAGAGAAAAUGUUGGCAGCAGUGACGGCCUCCGCACGCCUCCCAACGCUACCGUGACGGGGAAUCCCCCGGGCGGCGCCACCGCGGCCGCUGACGACAGGGGGAGUUCCCACGAUCAUCCCAGGCUCAUCAACGAGCUUCGCGAACCUUUGUACAGGCCUUACGUCGUUUGAGCCGACGUUCCCGACGUUCUCAUGUAAAUAUAUGGUACGGAGAGUGGGGCAAAGUGGGAAUCUCCAAACGGUCAUCAUCUCCUGGGCUAACGACCCGAUUUGAAUGAACUUUAUCCCAUUUCCAAAGUCAAAGUCGAAGGGGAAUAUUGAAUGGGAUAAUUUUUACUCAAUUUCACAACAGCCGCCCAUUUUGCCCCUCUCUCCUAAUUGGUUAUACCCGUUUUUAGAUGAAUUGUCAAUCACACGAAUUUUUUGGCCGAUUUGUGCGAGAGAAAAUGACUUUGUUAUCGUCUAGAUAUAGAAACAUUAAUUAUACAUGUAAUUGUGUAAUAUAAUACAAUUAUAAAUAAUUAGCUCAUAAGAAACCGGAAAAAAAUACUUGUACAUAGUAAUCGUGCAUCGAUUUAAGAUAGAAUGAA